AUGAAGACCCCUAAGAAAGCCUUUAAAGAAAAGGUAGAACAUGAAUUCGGCGUCGAAGAUCCAUAUUAUAAGGAAGAAGAAGAAGUUGCCGAGGACGGGACUGUUACAACCAAACGAGUAAAGCGUGAGGUGCCUGCUGGAAUCUCCGCAAAUGAUGCGAGCGUGCUGAAGAAAACGAAGCUACAUGCGUAUCGCCUUGAGCUCUGGUUCUCAAUGUGUGGCCUCAACGUUGGAUGGUCUGCUGUAAUUGGUAUCAUCCCAUUAGUGGGAAGUGCACUCUGUGCUUGGUUAGCGUUCAACACCGUCUCCAUGGCGGACAAAAUUGAUGGCGGGUUGACUAACUGGCAGAAAUCAAGAAUGUACUACAAUGCUACAGUGACGUCUGCUGUAGGCUUUAUCCCUCUCGUGGGAGAUAUUAUACAGGCAGUUUACAAGGGUAGUACUCGCAAUGCCAUGUUGCUCGAGGAAAUUUUGAUUGAGCGAGGUCAAAAGAACUUGUCGGCUGCAGGAGAUUCGUCCAAGCUCACUUCUAAAGGCACAAAGGUCGAUGUGCCUCCCAAGAACCAUCUUAAAUAG